AUGUAUUUUCAGCUUAUAUUCUUUCGCCUACUUACUCAUUUCACAUUCCGUGGCCACCUCUGCCUUGUAUUUGAGCUGCUUUCCUACAACCUGUACGACUUGAUCAAGAACACUAAUUUCCGCGGCGUAUCGCUUAAUCUAACGCGGAAAUUUGCCCAACAGCUUUGCUCUGCAUUAGACUUUCUUUCACGACCUGACAUGCAGAUAAUCCAUUGUGAUCUUAAACCAGAGAAUAUUCUCCUCGUAAACCCCAAACGAUCGGCCAUAAAGCUCGUCGACUUUGGCAGUUCCUGCCACGUCCGAGAGAAGGUCUAUCAAUACAUCCAAUCCCGGUUCUAUCGUUCUCCUGAUGUUUUGCUAGGUCUCGAUUAUACAAUGAGUAUUGAUAUGUGGUCUUUGGGUUGCAUUCUCGUGGAAUUGCACACGGGUGAACCUCUUUUUGCAGGGCAAGACGAGGUAAGAUCUUAUUUACCUCUUUAUUUUAAUUUAAUGCACUCUUUGAUUUCAACUGUGUAA